AAUAUACUGUUUUGCAGCGAAGCCUGUCGAACUAUCUGGCAACCCUGAAAAGAACUCCAUGGUCUCUCAUAUGGUGGUAUAGAAGUAAAGGUGAAAUUUCUUUGAAAAGUAGAUCUGAAUCUCCUUUAUAUCAUCAUUUUAGUAUAAAUCAACAAUAAAUCAUGCCUGCAGAAACAGAAGCAACCACUAAACAAGAACCAACAAAAGAGCAAGGAGUGGAUUCUGCAACCGAUUCCGACAGCGAUGAUUCUGUGCCUGGACUGGAUACAGCAGAAAAUGUCGCCCAGUUGUCCUCACAGAUGGGUAUAAAUGAAGAACCAGUAAGUAAAGCAAAGCAAAGUAGGAGCGAGAAAAAAGCCAGGAAGUCCAUGUCAAAAAUGGCAUUGAAAUCAAUCACAGGUGUGCACAGAGUUACCAUACAAAAGUCCAAGAACAUUCUGUUUGUCAUUCAAAAACCAGAUGUAUAUAAAAGUCCCGCAUCAGACACAUACGUCGUCUUCGGUGAAGCUAAGAUUGAAGAUAUGAGUCAGCAAGCUCAAAUUUCAGCAGCAGAGAAAUUCAAGGCACCAGAUCCAAGUCAAGCGAUAUCGAGCGACGCUGCAGCGGCUAACACGCCAACGAUACAAGAAGAGAGUGAUGAGGAAGAGGUUGAUGACUCCGGAGUAGAACAUAAAGACAUUGAGCUUGUCAUGUCUCAAGCAAAUGUCAGUAAACAAAAGGCUGUAAAAGCACUGAAAAAUAAUCAAAACGACAUAGUUAAUGCUAUUAUGGAGUUAACGAUGUAACGAUGUUAUUACCUCCAACAAACAAUAGUUCCAAAAAGAAGCAAACAUACAUGGACAUGCUUGGUAAUUUGGCGUGCACAAGAUGUGAUCAUGCAUAUAAAUGAUGCAAUCAUGUGGAACAACAAAAAAAAAAAACGUCAUGGAGAAGCAAUUGUUGUAAAUUAUUGACCCGGUCUUACAUUAAUAUUAGUGUAGUUAACCUUUUAUUUAAAUGGUUAGAUUGAGGGCCAUCUCCAGAUGGAAUACUCUGCUUCAUACAAUUUCUGAGCAACAUUUUCAUGGUUUAUGGUCGAUUGAAUAUGAAUUAGAAAAGCUGCAUUUAGAUGCUGUGCUGUGGGUAACAUCAGGAUUGUCGGAAAUAAAAUUACAUCAUUACAAAUAAAAUUUAAGUAAGCACUAGAUAUGCUAGCCAUUUCAAAUUAAAAUACAGUUUUUAAAAAUUGGCUGAUGCAAUAAAAGGUGAAGUGAUAUG